AUAUCAGAAGGCCUGUCGCCCUUCGCAUAUCUCACAUGUCGUUGUAAUUAUCGUGUGGAAAUUAACGUAGAGGGCAUUGCCAGUCGAACAUGGACAUCGCGCUGCGUGCCACUCAAUGGGAUUACAAGAAACUCAUCAGCGUAGCCGCAAGCCUGAGCUUUGAGGAUUAUGUUUCUGCUUUCAUUACUUUCGCGCUCGUUCUCACCAUCCCAACUUCGGCCAUACUGUUUCUGAACUGGCUGGAUUCUUCUGUUCCUGUCGGCCUAUAUCCACCUGCGGGAUGUCGCAAGCUGGGGCUGUACUGGAAGUCAAAUCUGGACGAUCAGUUUAAAGCGGCGCGGAAGCAGGCUUCUUUGACCGUGAAAGCGCUUCUUAUCUAUCCGGUCAAAAGCUGUGCACCGGUCGAACUGGCCAAAGCUGAAGUCGUUCGGACCGGGCUGAGAUAUGAUCGUCAAUUCACCUUUGCACAGCUUGUUAGUUCCCAGCCCCAGAAGAAUGCGGAUGGCAAGGAUGAGGUUGAGCACAAAUGGAAGUUCAUCACCCAAAGAGAGUUUCCUCUACUGGCGAAAGUGAGGACAGAGAUCUGGAUCCCAGAGCCGGAUAUUGACGGCUACCAUCCUAACCUACCAUAUGUCCGGAGCAAGGGAGCCGUGGUAGUUUCGUUUCCAUUCUCGCCAGAUUGGAGUCUUUUGAGCUUCCAAGGACUCAAGAAUCUGGCUUCGAUUCUGUCGGCCAAGCUGUUAGCUUUCGAUCUGAAGGCCGAGCCAGAGUCGUCUUUUACACUGCCGUACGACCCUACUCCGGAUCGGAUUCAGGAGAAGAAUUACACGGCCGAGAAAAUGCAGAUUUGGAAGGAAUACCACUCCUUCCUGAAUGUUGGCCCUGAGAUACCAGAGACGAGCCUGGCGCAACUCAAAUACUUUCUCGGUGUUCGCAACCCCUUUACACUUUUUCGUAUAGACACCCGCAACUACAGAGAAGUCUUUCGGAAUGCCCCAGUAAAAGCGGACGUUGACCACCAGCCCAUUGUUGCGAUGCAGGACGCGUACCCCUUACACAUCAUCGGCCUAUCCAGCGUCCGUGAAGUCGAAGCAAAGCUCCCAGAAAAAGAAGCCAGACAACUGGACUCUCGGCGAUUCCGCGCCAACAUCAUUGUAUCCGGCACCACACCAUUCGCCGAGGACAAAUGGGCACGCAUCCGCAUCGGCUCAGGAAAAACAAUCUCCGACAUUGGCAAAGAGCUCGAUCCAAUCCCCCGUUUCAACGAAUACCAUCUCUCCUGCCGCACGGCCCGUUGUAAACUUCCCAACAUCGAUCCUGCAACUGGCGAUCGCUCGCCGAACGAGCCGUAUGUUUCUAUGACUAAAUAUAGGCGUAUUGAUGAGGGCGCUCAGCCGUAUCCGUGUCUGGGCAUGCAGUCUGUCCCGAUGUGGGAUGCGGGCUUGGGUGUGGGUGAGGAGGGAGAGGAAGAGGAAGAGGAGCAGGGGCUGAGCGGGUGGGUUAGUGCUGGUGAUUUGGUGGAGGUCUUGGAGGAGACGGAGGGGCAUUUCUAUAUCAAGCAAUAGUGUCAACGUUGUUCAUCUUGAAGGCGUUGGCCUGUAGACCAUUCUGUCUAUGACUUACUCUAAGAAUGUAUAUAUCGCUUUUGAGCCCCGUCAUCGUUCUCGAAACCUACCAAUCUACAUGUGCAGAGAAUUCUGAGUGGAUCUGUAGAUUUGCGAGGGAAGAACCGUGUGGUACUGUUCUUUGUAUGACUAGGUAUAUCUGUUGUGGUGGUGAGUAUAGCUUGUAGUCUCUAAUAAGUUUUCAGGCUUCGAGUCAGAGAGUUAUGACUGAUUUCUUUGAGAGAAUAGAAUGAUAGAUCGAC